GUAAUGUGUACAUAUGAUAUGUAGGUUAGCAGUGAACACAUUGAUCGAUAAAGAAUAUUGGAUAUAAAGAAUGCUUAGGACGGGUAUUGCGUAGGAAGCCAUGCUUUCCGUGUAGGUCCAGUGUAGGUAACACCGAGUAGGGCCUAUUACUGGAACCUCGAUCGCCAAAAGGAACUAUAAAAAAGCCAAAAUGUCGAUAGGGUGGUGUGCAAUGAUAAAUUUCAUCCCUGCAGAGGCGGCCCUCUGUCCAGCUGCCAGCUCCAGUGGUGGCUGUCCCCUCGCCCAAGCCGUAGGAAAAGAGGCCGAAAUCAUGUUAGGUACGACAAGAAUCUGCGAACUUCUCGGGGAUAAGGUACAGGGUAAGGAAGGGACAAUGGAAGUGGCUUCCUUCUGCGGCGAAGGAAAAGUGGUAGCCUUGUUCUUUUCUGGACAUUGGUGCCCGCCAAGCAGAACUUUUACUCCACAGUUCAUCGAUUGGUUUCGGAGGUUCAAGACCAAUCACCCGGACAAGGAAUUGGAAGUGGUGUUCAUCAGUUCGGACAGGAGCCAGGCGGAGUUUGAUGAUUACUAUAAAGACAUGCCAUGGUUGGCCCUUCCAUACGCAGACCGGGAAACGAAGAACAAGAUAUCCAAGACUUACGGUGUGACCGGCAUCCCUACAGUCGUCCUCCUUUGCGGCUGUUCGGGAGAAGUCAUCACCAAGGACGGCAGGUCCAUCGUCAGCGACGAUCCUAGCGGGGCGGAGUACCCCUGGAAGCCAAAACCUUUCGGAGAGAUCAUCUAUAUGGGAAACGGGAAACUAAUCGACAACAAGGGCACGAACUAUGAUCCAGAUUUCGCCCUUAAGAAUAAAUAUGUUGGAGUGUUCUUUUCUGGUCACUGGUGCCCACCCUCACAGGCCUUUACACCAAAGUUGAUCGAAACUUACAAAGCCAUUCAAAGGGCACGGGAAAACUUUGAGAUUGUUUUUGCUUCAUCUGACAGAAGCGAGGGAGAGUUCACUGAUUACUUCAAAGACAUGCCAUGGUUGGCCUUGCCAUACGGGGACGAGAGGAAGAAAAAGUUAAACAGCCUUUAUGGCGUCACAGGCAUUCCAACUCUGAUCAUCUUGGACGAGAAAGGGGAAAUAGUCACCAAGAAUGGCCGCGGAGCCGUGACAGGUGAUCCGGAGGGGAAGGAAUUUCCUUGGCUUCCGAAACCCUUGAAUAAAUUAGUGACGUCAUCAGCAAGUUCUCUCAAUGAAAAACCAUCCUGUGUCUUCUUUGUCGAGAAACAGUCAGAGGCAGCAACUGCUGUGGAUCUGUUGGAAGAAGUCGCCAAAGAUUAUCAUAAAUCAGAUCCUGAAAUGCUGUUCUUCUUUUCAGUCGCUACCGACGAUGAUGGUAUAGGCGAGCGGCUGACCAAGUACCUUGGUAUUGACACUGACGAAGAGGAACUUCCAUUCCUAAUGAUAUGUGAUGUUCAAACCAAGAAAUACACCCGUGCUAAGAAGAGUCAACUAACCAAGGAAGGAGUCGGACAAUUUGUAAAGGACUACUUGGCGAAGAAGUGAAAUAUCCUUACGAAUUAAACAUUGCAAGUUCAAAUCUAGAAAUCAUUAGGAAACAAGAAUGUUGUUAUAAACUGAUCCUUUUUAGCACUGAUGUUCGUCUUUCAAUAGUGUCUGUGGAGGAAAAUGAUUCCGUAAAAAACGCCACGAUUCCUUUGACAAUCGUACUCCACAGACUCUCAGACUCUCGAAUAUGUAGUUAGUUAUCUGUCACUGUUAGCCGGUGCACUGUAAGCAAACCAGACAAUUAUUUUGCCAAAACAUUGUGAUAAAAAACAGAGAACGAAGCACUACUGUACAUGAAUCUGAUUGAAUUGCAGCAUUCAUGAAACGAGGCAAACUGCACGUUCACGAUGCGCUUUCAUCUCGUCAUUAAUCACCUUGUAGAUUUAUAAGGACCUCGCGUGUUCCAAAUGUGUAUACAUAAAAUACUAUUUUGUAUCAUUAUUCAUUACAUUAUCAUUGAUUCUCGGGAACUGCCGCUUGGAUAGGGCUGACCCAGACACUAAUGCCAGACACUAAUUGUGCAAAUUAAAAAACAUCUUAUAUUCAUGCAUAUUUCAUUGUCAAUUCUCAUUGGAAAUUUUUCAGCGGCUUGUCUGGUACGCUUAUUUUUCAAAGGUAAAUGCACAUAAUACCGAUACCGAAUAAAUAAGAACAGCAAUGGCCUGCGCUUCACUGUAUACCAUUGUAUUCAUCGAAC